UCUCCCCAAACCCAAACACACACGCACACAUCCAAUUCCAAUCCCACAAAUUCCCAACCAAACCAAACCCACUAUCCGCACGGCCACACCAUCCACAAAAAACAAACAAAAUCGCAGGGAAAACAAAUCAUCAUCAAUCCCGAGAAGGCGAUAACCCCAAGGGCGAGCGAAGCGAAACAAUGGAGUCGAAAGGCUGCUGCAGCUGCAAGGCCAAGACCGAGGCUCCCCGGCCGCCAACGCCGCACGUGGCGAUGCUGGUGACCCCCGGGAUGGGCCACCUGAUCCCGCUGGCGGAGCUCGCCAAGCGCCUCGCGGCGCACCACGGCGUCACGGCGACGCUCGUCACCUUCGCCUCCACGGCCUCCGCCACGCAGCGGGCCUUCCUCGCCUCCCUCCCGCCGGCCAUCACCUCCCUCUCCUUGCCCCCCGUCGACCUCUCCGACCUCCCCCAAGACGCCGCCAUCGAGACCCUCAUGUCCGAGGAGUGCGCCCGCUCCGUCCCCGCCCUCACCGAAAUCCUCACGGAACUCAAAUCCAGCAAGAGGCUUGUCGCGUUCGUGGCUGACCUCUUCGGGGCCGACUCCUUCGACGCGGCGGUGGCCGCGGGCGUGCCCAAGCGGUGCCUCUUCUUCCCCACAAAUCUCCACGGCUUAACCCUCAUCCUCAACUUACCAAAGCUCCACGAGUCCAUCCCGGGCGAGUUCAAGGACAUGGCGGAGCCCCUCCGGCUCCCCGGCUGCGUGCCCAUCCCGGGGCCGGACGUCCUCUCCCCGCUCCAGGACAAGUCCAACCCGAGCUACAAGUGGAUGGUCCACCACGGCGCGCGCUACCGUGAAGCCCACGCCAUCCUCGUCAACUCCUUCGACGCCGUCGAGCCGGACGCCGCCGCCGCCCUCCGCGCCCCGGAACCCGGCCGGCCCACGGUCCACAACAUCGGCCCGCUAACACAGACCCGCGAAGGCAGCACCGUAGGCGGCGGGCCGCGUGAGGCCUGCCUGGAGUGGCUGGACCGGCAGCCGGCCAAGUCCGUGGUGUUCGUCUCCUUCGGGUCCGGCGGCGCGCUGCCCGCGGAGCAGAUGCGGGAGCUGGCGCUGGGGCUGGAGCUCAGCGGGCAGCGGUUCCUGUGGGUGGUCCGGAGCCCCAGCGACGAGGGCGCCGUCAACGCCAACUACUACGACGCCGAAUCCAAGAAGGACCCGCUGGCGUACCUUCCAGAAGGCUUCGUCGAGAGGACCAAGGACACGGGCCUCGUCAUCCCCUCGUGGGCUCCGCAGAUCAAGGUGCUGGCCCACGAGUCCACGGGCGGGUUCCUGGUCCACUGCGGCUGGAACUCGGUGCUCGAGAGCCUGGUCCACGGCGUGCCCAUGGUCGCCUGGCCGCUCUACGCCGAGCAGCGGCAGAACGCCGUCAUGAUGUCGACGGAGGGCGGCGUCGGGGUCGCCAUCCGGGUGCCGGAGACGAAGAGGAAGGAGGAGAUCGCCGAGGCGGUGAGGGAGAUGAUGGUGGGCCAAGGGAAAGGCGCCCUGGUGAGGGCCAAGGUGGCCGAGCUCCAGAAGGCAGCGCUGGAGGGGCUAUGCGAGGGCGGCGCCGCCGCCGCCGCGCUGGCGGAGGUCGUGCACACGUGGACCGGCGAGGACAAGUAGGCGGCGGCCAUGACACGUGGCGUUGCAAUGCGCGGUUUGUUAAUUCGUUUCUUUCUUCCUGUGUUUAUCAUUGUACUUAAUCAACUUCUGUAGCUAUUCAAGUAUUCCCCAUCAUUGUUAGGUAGGCCGUGCACGUCCCACGCAUGAAGAGAAGAUAUUGUUAUUCCAGAUUUGUAACUUUAAUUUAAAGAAGGAGCAUUACAAAAAAGGGAACCAUAUACGAAAUGCAUUCAUGCGUGCCAUGCGACUGGCAUCUCCUUCGUGAUUAA